UCCAAAAAAAAGUGUCAAAAGUAUUACAAGUUUACUUACGGGUCAUCCAAGAAUAUAUUACCCUACCAAGUUAGAAUCUUCUAUAUAUAAAUAUAUACAAGUAGUUUCCAGUUACCUUCCAUUUGAUUCAUCAAAAUACCCUUUUUUCCUUUACUUGUUUUCCUUCCAAGAAACAUCUCUUUUAGACUUUGUUUACCACCAUAAGUGCCGUGCUACUUUCCGUACCCCUAUUUAUAUGUAUAUAUAUGUGCAGAGCAGAUCAGGCAAUUUCACAAACAGGUGGUGGUGUGCAUGCAUGUGUGUGUAGUUUAUUAGUUUAGUGUGGCGAUAAACAAAUAAUUCAAUGAAAACCCAGAAAGAUUUGGAGAAGAAGAGAAGAAAAGGAGUGAAGGUGGUGUACAUAUCGAGUCCUAUGAAGGUCAAAACAAGUGCGUCGGAGUUUAGAGCUUUGGUGCAAGAACUUACCGGAAUAAACUCCGACGCUGAGCGUUUCAUGGAGAUUAAUGGAGUCGGAUCAAAUAGCUCAUCACCCUCCCAUUCUCAUGAUCGUCUUCAUCAUCAGCAACCAGAUCAACGACUGAGGGUGAAGACUGAGGAUCACUUGUCUUAUGUUUCAAUGGUCAACACAUCUGACCUCUUCGACUUUCCUGCCACUAUCUCGUCCGACUACUUGUCCUUACUUCCGUCACAGACAUUUGGGAAUGAUCAGUAUUUUUAGUUAGAUUUGUUUUAGGAUUAAUAUUUUGUAAUAUAAUACAUGACCUUGUAGUUUUUUUUUUUUACAAAAUGAUAUAAAUAUAUAUUUCUUAAUAUAUGUAUUUAAAAAAUAAAAAAUAAUAAUUAAAAAAAAUCUUGUUCUCCGUGAUUUCAUCA